UGUUGAAGACUAUAGAGCAUGUGGUAAUGGUCUCAAACGACGUUUGUGGGGGCAAAUUGUAGAAGAACUAGUAUUUAAACAAGUCUUGUUUCAUCAUCAUUUCAUCAAUACAAGCUUAUAAUUAUACUUACAUUCUGUAACCAAACAAGUCAUCAAUUGUAAGAUGGAAGGCAAAUUUGCAGCUAUGCUCAUGACUGUGCUCAUGAUGAGUCUGCUUAUGGUUCAAAUUCAAGUUGAAGCAAAGAUCUGCUGCCCGUCCCAGAAUGCUAGAACUGCCUAUACUAUCUGCGAUUAUACCCCAAAAAUCCCUCAGUUCGCUUGCUUAUUGUCCACUGGUUGCAAAAAAGUUAAUGAUGAUGGUCGAUGCCCUUCGGGCUCUAUUUACAGCCGUCUCGAGAACUCAGGUGAUGCUGUAAAUGAAUACUGCAAGCUAGGGUGUGCUUCGUCAGUGUGCAGUGCCAUGACUACUCUCAGGAACUCUGAUGGUACUGAAAUUGUGGCUGGAGCCGUUGAAAAUUGUACCAAGGCAUGUUCUAUUUUCUGCACCAAGGGCUUUGUGAAGCCUGCACUUGAAACCGCCUAAACGAGAGGCUAUCCACAAAGGGAAGAUACUACAUCCAUGUGUUCAAAUUGUUGUUUUCCCUGUUUUCAAUAAUUGUCACUCUAUAUGACAAAAAAAGCUAGACUCUUGUGUUAGCUAAUACUAUUUCUGGUUAGUUUAUGUCUUAUAAUAUUCAGUUUGUCUAUGUGUUGUUGGUUGUGUAUCCUUUCUACAUGUUCUUGUUUAAAUAAAAACUAUUAUGUCCUUCUCUUA